GUCAGAUCGUUGCACUUUGAUCCUGGUGCCUUCAAGCAGGAAGUCAAGGAAAUUUUCUCGGUAAGCUGUGUGAGGAACAGGUGCUUUGUGCUAUGACUUGUCUUAGUGGAAAAUCCGUUUGAAAGAAGGGAACGAUGACACCGGAGCUGAGCUGACACUGACAGGGCAGUCGGCUAACCUUUCAAAACACCUUUUAUACUGAUUUACCGUGUAUCCUGAUCUAAGUCCAGGCUGGGGGUCAAGUCUCCACAACACAGGUUGGACUGGAGUGAUUCUUGACAAUCUGAAGUUUUAACUUUUCAAAAAAAAUAAAAAAAAAGGAAGCUAGACGACAUAGUUUGAAAAUGUUUGGAAACACCGGACCUUUCUCUUAUUCCCCAAGGGGUUUCUCACAGGAAGACCUCCCUCAGCAGAGGCGGGCUUUCCAACAAGAUGACCUCAAGGGGAAUCCUCUGCAGAGAAACAACUUCACCAGGCCCAGUGGAAAAUCAAUAUACAUGCAAAGAAAGGAGUACUCUGAGGAGCUGAACAGGCAAUCGGACGACUUUCACGUCAGAGUGGAGCACCUGUUCACCUGUGAGCUGGACGGCCAGGAGCUGAAGACAGUGGACAGCUGUGUGGCCAAGCUCAAGAGGCUGGAUGUCAAAGGUCGUCUGUGGCCCCAGGAGAUGAUCAUGGAGGUCCAGGGAGAAUAUCUGCUGCUCAGUGACAUUGAGACCAAGGCAGAGCUGGAGUCGCUGCCCUUGAGUUGCAUCCUGCAAACCAAAGCUGUGCUGGAUAGCUGCGCCUACAACUCUUUGCUGACAAUAACUGUGCAGGAACGCAACAAACGCCAGGUCUUCAUGUUCCAGUGUGAGGAGACAGGGGCCGAGCUCAUCAAGGGCGAUCUGGACAAGGCAGUUCAAAAAGGAAGUGAUGUACAGCUACGCAGAGGCCAGUCUCUCAGGAGUAAUCUUGAGAGUAUCAUUGGGCAACAUGCUCCAGGAAGUCAGGCUGGGUUUCAUCCUGUUCAUCAAGAGAGGUACCCACCACCGCUGGACUACCCGGCCCCACAGUUUAGCAACAGAGAACUAGAAGCAACAGUGCACCUUCCUGAUCUCCGUGAAUUACAGAGUAGACCAGAGGUUGCUUUGACACCUGAGCAAACGGACACAGAGAGGAACACGGACAUUUUAAACCAUGUUAUAAAUGAUUUGGAGAUCUUCAUGGGCAAAGUGUCUGCUGCAGCUGGUGCGCCUUCCAUACAAGAGGACAAGGGCAAGAAGAAAAAACUGUCAAAGAAGAAAAAAUCCAAGAAAACUGCACCAGCUGUCAGUCUGCCGCCUUGGGAGGAAUAUAUCGCCUGUCUUCAGAAAAUCAAAUAUGGAUUCAAUCUGCUGGGCCAGCUGGAUGGUUCAUUGACCAGCCCUAGUGCUCCUGACUAUGUCCACAUCUUCUUCAGUAGUUUAGGCAUGCUAGUACCUCAGUAUCCUGCAGACCUGCCUCCCACUGUGCUCUCCCCACUUCUGACGGAGACUACUGUGCGGCUGCUGAGUCAGGUCGUUGACCCGGAGGAGGACAACCUAUGGACGUCUCUGGGAGACUGCUGGAACAUCCCCGGGUCUAGAUGGCCGGGUGAUGAUGUCCCACCUUACUUCCCAGAGUUCUACGAUGGCUGGCAGCCACCUGCCCGCUCACGCUUGCCUUCCCCACACCCUUUUCAGAACGGUCCAAUGAGCAGGAGCAACAGCCAGCGCUUCCCACCUGGCCGGGGGAUGCAACAGCAGCACGAAGAGCCUGCAACCAACAGUCAAUGGGGUACACCGCCACCAACACGCCCCACUGAGCCGCCCCUGUACAUGCGGGUCAUUUACGACUUCAUGGCCAGGAACAACCAAGAGCUGAGCGUUAUGAAGGGUGAUGUGGUUCAGGUGGUUCAGAAAUCCAAGCAGUGGUGGUUUGUUCGCAACGGCCGCAACGAAAAAGGCAACAUUCCUCAUAAUGUCCUUGAGCCGAUGGAGAGCACCAGACACAUGGAUGAUCCACCACGCGACACUCACGGUCCAGUGACGCUGGACAUGACCUCCACACCUGCAGAGGUCAAAGCCUGGCUGGUGUACAAAGGUUUCUCCAAAAUCACUGUGACCAGCCUCGGGGUUCUGACAGGUAAACUGCUUCUGGGGAUGACCAAGGAUGAGAUAAGGACCGUGUGUCCCGAAGAAGGAGGCAAAGUCUUCUUCCAGCUUCAGGCCAUUAAGUCAGCCAUUGCACUCGCCAGUGAACCGUCAGGCCUGUACAAUGGCCGCUACUAACGACCUACUGCUGCUUCAAAAUCUUUUCUCCUGAAUUUUCACCCACAGAUCCUCUGAGUUUAUUGGUGUCCAAUUCAUUUUUUAAUGACAUAAAUGAUCUGGUGUGACAACGGCUUUUAGCAUUUCUGUUAUUUAAGGGAAAGUGUUAGCAAAUGAAACCUAUGUUGUAAAAUUUAUUACCAGCAGCAAUAAUUUAGUUACUCAAAUUCUCAAGUAAAUUGUGUAUAGUUCUCCCAACAGUGAUUAAACUUAACUUGUUGAUGUUUAUUUUUACUCCUACAAGCUACUAGAGUUUUGUGUCAUUUUUAGAUACUGUAUAAAAUACAGCACAUUCUGUUCUGCUGCAUAAACUUCCAUAUACUAUUCUUUUAAUUGAUUCUUAGAUGUUAUGUAUUACACAGAAAGUAAUGUUGAAACAAAGUCAGUACAAGAUUUGCUUUAAUCUGUCAAAUCUGUUUCAGAUGUAACAAAGAAAUUGAACUC